AUGGAUACCGCGUACGCGACCCUCUUCAGCAAGUACAGAGAGGCUGCCGUAUUAGCCUGCGAUGAAAUCGGCAUUGAGCCGAAGGAUUUGUUGUAUAGGGCCAAGAAGUCUUUCAAACAGUCAGACAACGACAGCUCCAGUGCGAUCCUCGUGCGGUACACGCUAAAUGAGCGCACGAGACAGAACCGAAUUCGGCAAGUGCUCGUUAUUAGGAACAAACUUGUUCUUCAGGGCAACGUAUCUGACAGGUGGAAGAAACGAUGCCAACAGUACCCUGACGCACCGCGAGCACCACGGAUACCGAAGGCAGUGUUAGAGAAGUUGUUAGCACAGUUGGAAAAGGAGCGAGAAGAUAAGAGCGAUGAGGUAGGCAGUGCUCACCCUUCAUCGCCAGCGUUUUCUCUUACGGGGGAAAUACAUAAAGGGCUUAGGUUGAGAAGAUCAUUGGGGAGGAGUGGUGGUGCAUCUUUUGUUCGUUCACCUUCGGGAACCGAAACUUUCCGCUCACCGAUGGCGGGGUCGCCUAUGCACAUGAGUCGAACCUCACCAACAGCAGCUGCUGCUCGAGGUAGGAGGGGUAGUAAAGUACUAUUUGGGAGAGAACUCGAGGUGAAGGACCUUGAGGUACGCCGUGGGGGUCACUCUGCCACAGCUCCCAUCAUAAAAUACUCUGAGGAGUGUCGUUCCAGCCCUUCUCGCAGCAGGCAGUCGGGGAGGAAAGCGCGUAAACAUGGACCUGUCCCCCCAUCUGACCCUCCACUAUUUCCUCCGAUUCCGCGGCACGGGCGCAGUGAUGAAACGCUCGCUCAAGAGGCGGAAGAUCUCGAGAGGUAUCGACACACUCUUUCACUGUACGCAGUCGACAGCGCCUCAUUACUAGAAAAAUUCAUGGAACAAACUGCCAAAAGGGGACUGAACGGCAGUAAUACCGAGUCGAAUGCUACGGCGCAAGAUUCGGCACGCUCAAAGAGUGCUGCGCAAGAUGGAGAAGUGGAGGCAACCAAGAAAGGGAAGAGGAGCGAUAUCGUGUGUUUGCCACAGAGAACAGCGCAAGAACGGAGGACUGCGGUUUUUAUGCGCUUAGCGAGAAUGCAAUUGGCCCGUAACAUGGAUGAAUUCAGGAAGAUGAAAAUUUACCUCGGUGAAAUGGAUGAAAUUGGACAAGCAGGUACCAUCGUAGCAUCUAUCAGAGCUCGCGCCAACAUAAAUAAACCUCCCACACAUGAAGAAUACAUGGAAACACUGCGGGACAAAGAGCGCCAGCGUGAACUUCGACUCCAGCGUGAGAAGAAAGAGUUCCAGCGGACUUUGAAACUGCACGAAAAGAAGGAGCGCAGUGCGAAGAAAGUUCUUGAAAAGAUAAAGAGCAAGUGGACAAAUGUACGUUUGGAGGCUCUGACCACCAAGCGUGACAUUGCUCUAACAAACCGCAAACGCGCGGACAGACGACUAAAAAUGAAACAAGAUCAUUAUUGUGUGCGUCUUUCCAAGAAGGAAAUGGAGGCUGAAGAACGUCGCAGAAAACUAUUCCGAACCAUCUCCAUGAAGCGGUAUGAACAUGACCAGGAGGAACUCUUCCGCAAAAACAUAAAGGGGAAAAUAAUGGAGAUGGAUAGACUGAAAAACUGGCGUAGUGAAUCCCUUGCGCUGCCAGAUGUAUCACCACACUCAGAAAAGAAAAAAACAAUACUUUGUCCCUUGUAA